AUGGACAAUGACCGAAGUGCCGGGAGGGCUACGUUACGUAUUGGACCGACCGAGGUGGUGCCGUGGCCUGAGGAGAGAUUUUUGUUUGUUAUUUUUGGACCGACAACGGCGGUGCGCGGAACAUGGGAUCAGGUGGGAACUGCGGGAAUAGCAGGCUUCAUGAUGCGUGUCCUCCGACUAUGGAGAGACUAUGGAGAGAAGAUGGGUAACGGCGGUACGGCUAACUUGUUUUUACCUCGAACGCCUCUCCCGGGUCUUAGCAACAUGUGCAACCUCGCUCUCGCUUUGUUCGCUCUUGGGUCCUGCGUCGUUUUAACGCAGAUGCUUUAA